AUGAGACGGCAUAGACCUGUGUCCACCAACUUAGUAAAACAAAAUGUUGUCCCCAAAGAGGAAUCAUCCGGUGAUAACGACAUGGAAUUUCUUGAAAGCCAACAAAAUCAGAAUAAAAAUUUGAUGAAGAAAGUGAAGACUGUUUUGGGGAGGAUGCUGUCCUACAAUUACAGAAGCAAGCCAACAAGUGCCAGUGGAGAGGGCUCCUCUAACCAUAAGGAAACCCUCCUUUCGAACAUGCAGAGUCUUCUGCCUAGAAUUGUCAAGGAGCUUCCAUCGCCCAAGUUAUUUACCAAAGCAAGAAUGAGAAAGCUGUCACAGAAUGCCACUAUACAGCUUGAUGUUGUAGAAACAGAGACCGAGGAAAUAACCCGAGCAAAUACACUUCUCCAGACCAAGAGAACCACCAAGCGGUUAUCUGUGACAUCCCUUCCCUCAGCACUGCAAAAGGUUCCGUAUUCAUCAAAAAUGAGACCACAUUUUCCAGUGCUUAGAAAAAAGAAACAUAGCAUGGAAAACAUCCUCCGAAAAUCAGAUUUGAUAGUGGGAAAGCUUCAAAUGUAGGUGGAUGACCUCAUAGAAACAGUGACAGAUAAAUCCCUGAAGUUCUUGGCCCAAAGACACGCUGAUCUUCAACAGUGUGAGUUUCUAGGGGACAAAAUUCUUCAGUCUUCUAAGCAGUUCCACAGGAUAUCCAAGAGAACCAUGAGGAAGUAUAAAUUGAAAAAUGUGUGUUUCCCAUGUACCUGUUGCUUCUGA